UGGCUUAGGAAAUAUGGCGUCACAUUUGUUUUGCGGCAGAGUAAACCUAAAUAUUUUGCGAGAAGCUGCACGAAAAGACCUGCGCGAAUUUUUAGACAAAUGUUCGGGAAGCAAGGCCAUUGUUUGGGACGAGUAUCUUACAGGACCUUUCGGCUUAAUUGCUCAGUAUUCCCUUUUGAAGGAACAUGAAGUCGAGAAAAUGUUCACCCUCAAAGGUGGUCGUAUACCAUCCGCUGCUGUCAAGAAUAUUGUCUUUUUUGUUCGACCAAGGUUGGAAUUGAUGGACAUCAUUGCAGAAAAUGUUGCAAGUGAGGAUAAAUUACAACCACGAGAAUUCCACAUCCUGUUUGUGCCUCGCCGGAGUCUCCUGUGUGAGCAGCGGCUGAAAGAGAAAGGGGUUCUGAACUCGUUCACAAACAUCGAUGAAUACAUUCUGGACCUUAUACCUUAUGAUGGAGAUCUUCUUUCCAUGGAGUCUGAGAGUUCCUUUAGAGAAUGUUAUUUAGAGAAUGAUCAGACAAGCCUGUAUCACGCUGCCAAGGGCCUCAUGACUUUGCAAGCACUUUAUGGAACAAUACCGCAGAUCUUUGGCAAAGGCGAGUGUGCAAGGCAUGUGGCCAACAUGAUGUUGCGGAUGAAGAGAGAGUUUGCGGGGAGUCAUACUCAAAUCCUGCCUGUUUUUGAUACCCUCCUCCUGUUGGAUCGCAAUGUGGAUUUGCUUACGCCGUUAGCCACCCAACUUACCUAUGAGGGUCUUAUCGAUGAGAUCUUUGGCAUCACCAAUGGUUAUGUGAAGCUUCCACCUGAGAAGUUUGCACAGAAGAAACAGGGAGAAGGUGGGAAAGAUCUCCCCACUGAGCCGAAAAAACUGCAGCUCAAUUCAGCCGAGGAGCUUUAUGCUGAAAUACGGGACAAGAACUUCAAUGCUGUGGGAGUGGCCCUCAGCAAGAAAGCCAAGAUUAUAUCAGCUGCGUUUGAGGAGCGACACAAUGCAAAAACUGUUGGAGAGAUUAAACAGUUUGUUUCCCAGUUGCCUCACAUGCAGGCAGCUCGAGGUUCCCUGGCUAAUCACACCUCUAUUGCUGAACUCAUUAAGGACAUAACAACCUCAGAAGACUUCUUUGACAGUCUGACUGUUGAACAAGAGUUUAUGACUGGAGUAGACACAGACAAGGCCAGCACAUAUAUAGAAGACUGCAUAGCACAAAAAGACCCUCUGAUAAAAAUCCUGCGACUGGUGUGCAUGCAGUCUGUCUGCAACAACGGCCUCAAACAGAAAGUCCUGGACUACUAUAAGAAGGAGAUCCUUCAGACAUACGGUUACAAGCACAUUCUGACCCUCAAGAACUUGGAAAAGGUUGGGUUACUCAAACCUCAAAGCACCAUGAGAAACAACUACCCCACAAUCAGGAAAACGCUCAAACUGUGGAUGGAGGAUGCCAACGAACAGAACCCCAAUGACAUCUCGUAUGUGUACAGUGGCUAUGCGCCACUCAGUGUUCGUCUGACACAAGUGCUCGCACGUCCUGGUUGGAGGAGCAUAGAGGAGGUGCUGAAGAUGUUGCCUGGUCCACACUUUGAAGAAAGACAGCAGGUUCCCACAGGCCUUCACAAGAAACGUCAGCCAGGAGAAAACAGAACCACCCUUGUCUUCUUCCUUGGCGGUGUGACGUAUGCUGAAAUCGCUGCUCUACGGUUUUUGUCUCAUAUGGAAGAUAGUGGGACUGAGUACAUUAUUGCAACCACCAAACUUAUCAACGGCACCAGCUGGGUAAAGUCUGUCAUGGACAAUCCUGAGGAAAACUUACCUUAAAGCUGCCUGUUUUCUGUCUGUAAUAAACCCAGACUUUAAUGUUUUGUGUACAUAUAGAAUGCAAGUUACAUCAAACUGUUGAUGCUGUUUUGUCUGAUCGUU